GCCGCCGGUUACACUUCUGAGCGCCUUCGGGAAGCCACAGGGCAGGGGGAGUGUGUGCGGAGAAGCCGGGGGAGGAGGAGGAGGCAGGCCCAGCUUCGGUGCCAGCCCAGUGACACACGUAGGGGGGUAAAUCCGGCUGGCGAUGUUGCGGCCGGGCGCUCACGUGUGUGUAGACCCACCGGCUUCUCUGUGCGCCGUGUGGGCACCUGUCGUGUGAGUGGCUCCGGGCGUGGCUGCUCGUCGGACGUUCAGUUUCUGUAAGAUUUAUCUGUAGGGGCCUACCUAGCCCCGGCUCCAGAGGGGAACGUAAGAAGUUUAACGGAGCCAGGCAGAAGGCCCUUUGGCAAGACUGGCGUGACAAAGGUAGCCCUGGAAUGUCUAGAGUGCGGACCAUGAUGAUCACGGAGUGAGUGGCACCGGGCUGAGCCUGGGCAGUUUGUUGACUGACAAAGAGGGAUGCUAGCAGUUAGGAAGGUAAGGAGGAAACUCAGGAUGGGGACCAUCUGCUCCCCCAACCCCAGCGGGACAAAGACAUCAUCGGAGGUCUGCAAUGCCGACUGGAUGGCCUCGCUCCCUCCUCACCUCCACAACGUCCCCCUUUCCAAUCUGGCAAUCCCAGGCUCCCAUGAUUCAUUCAGCUACUGGGUAGACGAAAAGUCCCCAGUGGGGCCGGACCAAACCCCAGCCAUCAAACGCCUCGCCAGGAUCUCCUUGGUGAAGAAGCUAAUGAAGAAAUGGUCCGUGACGCAGAACCUGACGUUCCGAGAACAGCUGGAAGCUGGGAUCCGCUACUUCGACCUGCGUGUGUCUUCCAAACCCGGGGAUGCCGACCAGGAGAUCUACUUCAUUCACGGACUUUUUGGCAUCAAGGUCUGGGAUGGCCUGAUGGAGAUGGACUCGUUUCUUACACAGCACCCCCAGGAGGUUGUCUUCCUGGAUUUCAACCACUUCUACGCCAUGGAUGAGGCCCACCACAAACGCCUAAUUCUCCGGAUCCAGGAGGCCUUUGGAAACAAGCUGUGCUCGGCCUGCGGUGUGGAGAGCAUGACUCUGCAGGCCCUAUGGGAGAAGAAGUGCCAGGUUCUUGUUUUCUAUCACUGCCCCUUCUACAAGCAAUACGCCUUCCUGUGGCCCGGAAAGAAGAUCCCAGCGCCCUGGGCAAACACCACAAGUGUGCGCAAACUGAUUCUCUUCCUGGAGACCACACUGAGUGAGCGGGCCCCACGAGGCUCCUUCCACGUCUCUCAAGCGAUUCUCACCCCCAGAGUGAAGACCAUUGCCCGAGGCCUGGUCGGUGGCCUCAAGAACACUCUGGUUCACAGGAAUCUUCCUGCCAUCCUGGACUGGGUGAAAACCCAGAAGCCCGGAGCCAUGGGUGUCAACAUCAUCACAUCGGACUUCGUGGACCUGGUGGACUUUGCCACGACUGUCAUUGAAUUGAAUGACCUCCUACAGGAGGACAGAGCUUUGGCUAAAUGCUGAUUUGACUUUUUUUUUUUUUUUUUAAUUUAACUUAAUGUUGGCUUUAUUGAUCCAGGCCAGAGUUCUGAAGGAUUUCCUAUUAGAAUGGUCCCUGGACAGUGAUGGGGAAGUAGGAGGAGGGAGGGUGUUUUCCCCUCUUCAUAGGGCCAUUUGGAUAAAACUACAGAGAUUUUAAUUGCAUUUUUCCCAAAUGAGACUUUUAAAAAACUUAAGUCCAAGGGAAGAAGCAUAUCUCAUGUGAUCAAGGUCCGGGUCUCCCCAGUGGCUCAUGAUGUUGGAUGUAAUAUGGAAGGAGAGCCUCCAGGUUCCAUUGAGUGUCCUAUAAUUGGCCCAGUUUCCCGUUUUCUUCCAGGAUGUUGUAUUUGAGCCUGUGAAAAGAUGAAUCAGAAAAGCAUCCUUAGUCAAAAGAAUGGCUCAUUGCAGGUGUGGAUGGCCCUAUGGGGUGGCUCAGCCUGAGGCUUUGAGGGGAAAAAGGGCCCAGCACCAACUCUCUCUGGCAUGUUGAAUGUCACCACUUCUUCCCUGAGAGAGUAAGACUUCUUUGCCACCAGGCUGUUCCAGCCACAAUCUGUUCUUCCAUAGCUUAUGCUUGGGAACUGGUCACCUUGAUUCUUUAGAUAAACAAUACAUAUUGCCUUUGGUAUCAGAAAUGUAUUUUUCAGUUUUAAAAACAUUGAUUCCUUUCUAUUUCUAUUGGCCCCUUCUUAAAAGUGAAAGGAAAGAAACAAUGUUGGAAGAUCCUUUCAGUGUGGGCCCAAAAGGAGAUAGACCUGCAUGUUUGUUGCACGCCAGAUUUCUUUGGUUUAAUUCUGUAGCUUCUCCAAAAUGGCUGCCAGGUAAACUCCUGCAUCAUUUUGGCAAAGUCCUCUUUGAAGAAUGGGAUCUCCAAGCCAGAUCCUGGAAUUGCAUUUCCUUGUUGUCUGCCUAGGACUCCGUCUGUGCUUUGAGACACAACGAUAACGGAAGGCACCUUGUCUGUGACACCGGGGAGGCAGACACAGGAUGCGUGGGAAAGUGCAAUGGAUUUAAGGAGGAAGCCCCCAGUGGGUUGGGAGCUGUUCUGUACUCCUUGAAAACAAGACUACCUCGGGGACAUUUAGGAUGACUUGUGUGUCAUCAAGUGAGAAAUACCCAGUGUUGGAACAUUUCCAAUUUGUGUCUUGAUUGUUCUACUUUCUGCAGGUUGUUCUGAGCCUGCUCAUCACCACUGCAUGUGGGCUUUGAAACUCAAGAAGGGAUUUUUUUUAAUGGAUAAGAGGUACUUAUCUAUAAAGAGUCCUCUUGUGUUUUAUUUAUUUAUUUAUUUAUUUAUCCAUUUAUUUAUUUAUAGACUAAGUAUCUUCAGUGCUUCUUACCUCAAGAGCACUCACAAAGGAGCUUCCCGAACUGUUUUCACCCAGGCCUGAUGCCGCCCAGAUCUUUCUCCCUUCAGUAGGAGCAUGCAUUUCAGCACUGUGAGCGACCCCUGAUUCAGCUGCAGAUAUUCCCAGCUCUCCCAGUCAUGUGGGACAGUGUUCAUGCGUGGGUGUGGUCUAGACCUGAGAAGCCACUACCAGGCCACACACUGCGUCAGAAGAUACAAUGAGUCAUGAAGAACUCUCAGUUCUUGAAGCAGACUCUCUAGUAGAAGGUUGAAAAGGAAGGAGCAGAAAGACUCCACUGGGCAUGGAGUGUGUACGUGCUGAGGCUCCUCGGAACUGCCUGAGGAUCCCUAAGGAAAUGUCAGCAUCUGGAUUCUUAAGGAAGAAAGAUAAACGUGGAAUCCUGGAUGGAUGUGCGUGUGUGUGUGUGUGAAGACCGUUGGGCCACCCCGCCGGAGCUUUCCAUUUCUACUCUUCCAUGCUCACAGCUGGAUCUCAUAUGUCUCCUGCAAUGGCGGCUAUCUGGGGGUGAGCUACCAAAAGCACACCCCCAAAUCUCGGUCUUCCAGCCUCUACUGUCUGAAAAAUAAUUUAAUCCCUGACCUCCAGAUUCCGCAGCUUGAAGAGGGCCCCAAAUGCAAAUGCCUCUGGGAAAAUCUGGUCUAACUCUUACUGUUCUUGCAUUUGAGCCCCCUCUCCGAAGAGGUUUCUGGGAUUGUAUUGUCAA